GAAACUUCCCAGUUUAGAAUUCCAAAAGAGACAGGUUCUCUCCUGCUGUGUGGUUAAUGAAACUGGUAGGCCGGCCGGCUUCCUCCUGGUUGCCGUGGAAACGACCAGGCCACUGGCCCUCUGGAAACGGAAAAGAACAGCUAGUGCGAGACCACGAGACCACGCAUUCCACCCUUGCUAGCAGAUUAAACCAGACGUCAAGCCAGGGUGAGGGAUCAGUGGCCAGGCAAGAGGUCCGGCGGUCUGCAGACCAGAGAGGAGAGUCAAGACCCCGCGUUGGCUGCAAGAUGUGAGUGUCUGUGAAUUGGCUCAUGAAGGAGAAACAGGAACACACCAGUCUAUGCUAGAGAAGAAUGAUACGGCCUUCCACUCACUGCCUGCUUCUGUUUGGAGCACUAGGCAUCUUUGUACUCGAUCACCUCACAAAAGGUCAGAAGAACAACACACUAAUUUUCACAAAGGAAAACACUAUUCGGAACUGUAGCUGCCCUGUAGACAUCAGGGACUGUGACUACAGUUUGGCCAACUUGAUGUGCAGCUGUAAAACCGUCCUGCCUUUUGCUGAGGAGCAAACCAGCUAUAAUGGCCAUCUGACCAUCUGGUUCACGGACACAUCCACAUUGGGCCACCUGCUGAAUUUCACUCUGGUCCAAGACCUGAAGCUUUCUCUGUGUGGUUCCAACACCCUCCCCACCGAGUACCUGGCUGUCUGUGGCUUGAAGAGGCUUAGCAUCAACACUGAAGCCAAGCAUCCCUCCCCAGAGCAGAGCUUGCUCAUCCACAGCAGAGGGGAAGGGGAUUGCUAUUACAAAGGCUGGCAAACAUGUAUGUUCAUCUCUUUCUUAGAUAUGGCUCUUUUCAACAGAGACUCAUCUUUAAAAUCAUACAGUAUCGAUAACAUUUCCAGCAUCACAAGAGACUUUCCUGAUUUUUCUUAUUUUAAAACUUUCCCAAUGCCAAGCAACAAAAGCUAUGUUAUCACAGUCAUUUACUAAUAUCCUGUGUCCAUCUGCCUGGAACGCUGGGAAAUGAUGGCCCAUUUGAUCAAGGAAUCUGGGAAUUGGGCUAGGAGAUAGGUAUCCCCUUCUCUUCCCUCAGCCCCCAGUUGCAACAAAGACACAUGAGUAGCCAGCUCUUUGCUCUGCUCCACAGUCAACUUUGGGAGCUAUUUUGAGAAAGAAAGAAGAGAUGGUUCCAAGGUUAGGAGCACUGGCUGUUCUUGA